UCAUUCCGUCUCCGUGACACGCCGCCGAUGAAAGUUUGGACUUCAUUUUUUAAUUAAUUUUGUUCCCAAGGGUAAAUAUACACCUUUUAUAUGUUAUUCCGACCACGUGACGCUUUUUACAUAUUUAAAUGUUGUGCUUUUUAAACCGGAAACGCCGGGGGACUGUAUCGCGCCGGGGCGUUGCACCUUUCGCGGCGGGUCGUGCUUCGGCUGUAUAAAGCAGGCGUGCCUGCGCGUGUGGGUCAAUCACUGACUCCGCUGCUCUUCCCGGCCGCUGGACUAUGAGGAGCCCGCUGCACGUUAACUUCUCUUUCUGACUUUAACGCGUUCAGAAGACGUUUAUUUGUGGGAGGAGAAGAGAGAACACUUGAUCUGAACUUUUGUCCCCGAGAGAAGAUGGACACCAAGGAGGAGCCCAAGAGCUGCUCGGCCAGCGUCCUCACCUGGGAGCAGGUGAGCCGCCUGAACGAGGUCCUGACGGAGGUGGUGCCCGUCCACGGGCGCGGGAACUUCCCGACCUUGGAGGUGCGCCUGAAGGACAUCGUGGCCCGCGUGCGCUCCCGCCUGGAGCGCCGCGGCGUCGCCGUGAAGGACGUGCGCCUCAACGGCUCCACGGCGAGCCACGUGCUGGUGCAGGACGUGGGCUGGAGCUACAAGGACCUGGACAUCAUCUUCCGGGUGGACCUGCCGCACGAGGCCGAUUUCCGGCUGGUGAAGGACGUGGUGCUGGGCACGCUGCUGGACUUCCUGCCCGAGGGCGUGAACAAGGAGAAGAUCACGCCGGUGACCCUGAAGGAGGCGUACGUCCAGAAGCUGGUGAAGGUCACCACGGAGCAGGACCGCUGGAGCCUCAUCUCGCUGUCCAACAACGACGGGCGCAACGUGGAGCUGAAGUUCGUGGACUCCAUCCGCCGGCAGUUCGAGUUCAGCGUGGACUCGUUCCAGAUCGUGCUGGACUCGGUGCUGGCGUUCUACGAGAUGACGCGGGCGCCGAUGACGGCGGCGUUCCACCCGACGGUGCGCGGCGAGAGCGUCUACGGCGACUUCGGCGAGGCGCUGGGCCACCUGGGCGGCCGGCUCAUCGCCACCAAGCGGCCGGAGGAGAUCCGCGGCGGCGGCCUCCUGAAGUACUGCAACCUGCUGGUGCGCCACUUCCGGCCCGCCAGCGAGGAGGAGUUCAAGGCGCUGGAGCGCUACAUGUGCUCGCGCUUCUUCAUCGACUUCCCCGACAUCGGCGAGCAGCGGCGCAAGGUGGAGGCGUACCUGCAGAGCCACUUCGUGGGCGAGGAGAAGAGCAAGUACGACUACCUGGUGAUCCUGCGCCGCGUGGUGGACGACAGCACCGUGUGCCUCAUGGGCCACGAGCGGCGCCAGACGCUGCAGCUCAUCUCGCUCAUGGCGUUCCGGGUGCUGGCGGAGCAGAGCGCCGUGCCCGACGCGUCCUGCGUCACGUGCUACUACCAGCCGGCGCCGUACGUCCGCGACCACAACUUCAGCAACUACUACGUGGCCAACCAGAACAUUCCAACAUGGCUGCCGUGCAACUGACGACGGGAAGAAGAAGAGACGCACGCAAAGAAAAACGCCGACGCUGCUUUUUGAGAAGAGACGGAAUAAAACCAAAAAAAUAAAAUCUCCCCCGAGAAAAAAAAUGUAUUGAGGCCGUAAAUCCUCGUUUGUUCCUCUGGGCACAAAAUGAACUCUGGUUUAGUUUUGGAUCUCGAGGCAUCAGGAAGAUUUUAAGUCUGUUUUCUUCUUUCGUGUUUAUCAGUGUUGUGCCUUAACCUCCAGUUGCCCCCCCCCCCCCCAUAUGAUUUAAUUAUCGGUUAUGUUUUGCACAAAAAAAGUUAAGGAGAUGAAAAUGUUCCAGCCUUCAAUUUAGGUUCAGAGAAAAAUAAAUAUAUUAAUGUAGAAAAUAAUGCAAAGUAUUCGUAGGGGGGGUAUUAAAAAACCAGUGUUAAAAAUGUUGUUCACGAGGCGAGUGAGGUGGCACUAAUAAUGUUGAAUAUAGCGGUGGGGGGGGAAGUGGGAGGAGUCUAUUUGUUUUCAUUAAUCUUCCCUUUAAAAAGCCGAUCGGUGUCCGAAAAGAAAGAUGAUUUUUUUUUUUUUCCAAAUGUGAAUGUCUAGGAGCCCCCCCCUGAAUGUGGGAUGCCAAAUGGCCCUGCAGAGAGCCGGAGUCCUGGAAGAUACUUCCCCUUAAAAGGAGCAGUGCAUCCCCCCCCCACCAGGGUUGAGCCCUGAAAUGGGACGGCAGGACGUCUAUAAUUAUCCUCUGGGGGGGGGGCUCGAGUCGUGUGUCACUUCCUGUCCUCUGCAAACCGGCUGAACCACGACCGGAGCGGCUGAACCCCUUAUGUGGGCACCGAGGGCGACCGGUAUGUUGAGAGGACCCCCCCCCCCCCAACGUAUUACAGCCCAGCCUAUUAUUAGCCCGCGGGGCAGAAGCCCUGGCGGCCGCCGGCUGAGCGUCAGGACGCUGGGAACAAGUUCCUGUCUCCGCUGCUCUCAGGUCUCUAGACUCUAGUCUAGUCUCUAUCCUCUGGUCUCUAGUCUCUAUUCUUUAUUCCUGCUUCUUGUUUUCCCCGGACCCCCGGAGUGUCCGUUAUCUGCCCCCGGUGGUCAGUUUGACCUCUGCAGGUCGCGUUCCGGUCGGGCCGCUCUGCUGCUGACCCGUUGGGUUGUUGUUGUUGUUGUUUUCCAGCGAGGAGCCUCUGGACCAAAGUCGCCCACCAGCAGCCCAAGUGCCUUUUUGUUUCUGGAGAACUUAAAGCGUGUUCUGAUAACACCGAGGAGGCGUCAGCCUGUUUACAGCAGAUCUCUGCUUGAGUUGUUGUUGUUUUUUUGUUCCCGCUCUGAGCCUCUGGCGGCCAAAAUAUUCACACCUGUAUUUUAUUUACCGUCUGCAUUCGGCUCGUAAACCACGCUGUGAUCUUCUGUUUUCUCCCCGGAGCCAUCGCGCUGUCGGCCCCUGCAGCUCGGGGGGGGAGACCCCGUACGGACAGAAGCACUUUAAAGAGCCUCGUUGGCUCUGAAGGAACGUGAGUAACGUGGACCGCUGGCUCUCAGGGACGUGGUGCGUUCAGGGCCCCCCUCUUUAAUCUUUAACUGCAACGCUCGGGAUCUUAUUGGAGCCGAGUGGUGUCUUCGUCGUCACGGCGAUCUGGGGACGAAACGUAGAAGAUUUGCGUAGUUUUUUAUUUUAAGGGAACAGCGGCAAAGAAUCCGAUCAUUCCGUCAGGGAAUAACCGUCAGGGCGACGAAGACGAGUCGAGACGAACCGGUCGGAGGCUCGUCUCCUUCUCGUCUCCUCGGGCCUUUCCUUUCUCCUUCUCCUUUUCUUUUUUUUUGGUUGUCGCUCGCUUAAAAAAAAAAAAAGUAGUUUUGAGCGACGUAAAAAACCCGACAACCAACAACUUGUGUUUUUCUCUGAAGCAGCCUGGAGACUAACGUUGUUGUUGUUGACAGGGCUGAUGUGCAAAUGUUUUUGUGAAGAAAAGAUGUAAAACAAAGGAUGACGUGAACUUUGCUUAUUUUUUUGCCCCCAUUUUUUUUCUUUUUUUCAAAGUCUGCUGUAAACUCUUCAUCGACCUCGUUGCUCCUCCUCUUCCUCAUCGACGGUCCCGCUCGGUCCGGCCUUUUGUUUACUAGUACGGAGUGUUUGUUCUUUAUUUUUUGAGUUUGGACACCUGUAGAUGGAUUCUUCUUUUUUUUGGGUGGAGGUGAAGUUUAGUGGUGACACUCGUUUAAAAGUGAGUGUUCCCCUCAGGAAGAGGACGAGGCCCGCUGCAGCUUCCUGUCUGGAGGCUCUUUACUGCAGCUGUGUGUGUCCGGAUGCCUGUUGCUAUGUGAAAAAGAAGCGGUUUGGGGGUGAAUAUGAAUGUCUCACUAUGAAUCUAUAUUUAGCUGCUGAGCGGACGCUCAGCCGUGAUGUCAUGUUUUCAUUUGACCUCACUUGAGUUUUUUUGUUUUUGAAUGGAAAUGUACAUCAACGGGAAAAUGUGUUAAAGAGAGAAAAUAAUAAAGAAUGAAAUGCAAA